UUCCGGGGCCUAGGCAUUUUCCCUCCCUUUAUGGUUUUCUGUUGUUUUUCUUCCCUCCAAUGGCUUUGAUUAGGCCGUACGCGGCCGUGCGGAGGAGUUGAAAACAGAAAAGCAAAGGGAACGAGAACACACCGCCAGACCCUGGCUCGGCCCAGCCGCCGGGGAGGGGGCGGAGGAGGCUGAGGCAGGCGGUCGCUCGGCGGCGACUCGAGAGUGGCGCGCGGGAGGAGCGGCGCGCUGCCGCCGUCCUUUCCUCCGCCGCCGCCUCCUCUUCUUCUUCCUCCCCUUUUCCCCCCGGAGGGCGUGGGGAGCGGGAGCCCCAGAGGGAGAAAGCCGAUACAGAAACGCCCCAAAGACAGCCAGCGAGAGCGCGCGGAGACCGAUGGCUUCGCUGUACCAGAGGUUCACUGGCAAGAUCAACACCUCGCGGUCCUUCCCGGCGCCCCCGGAGGCGAGCCGCCUCCUGGGCGGCCAGGGGCCGGAGGAGGACGGCGCGGGGCCCAAGCCCCUCGGAGCCCAGGCGCCCGCGGCGGCGCCCCGGGAGCGCGGCGGCGGCGGUGGCGCGGGCGGCCGGCCCCGGUUCCAGUACCAGGCGCGGAGCGACUGUGACGACGAGGACGAGCUCGUGGGGAGUAACCCUCCACAAAGAAACUGGAAAGGAAUAGCCAUCGCGCUCCUUGUCAUCCUGGUCAUCUGCUCCUUGAUCGUCACCUCGGUGAUACUGCUGACACCAGCGGAAGAUAACAGUCUGUCUCAAAAGAAGAAGGUGACUGUGGAAGACCUCUUCAGUGAAGAUUUCAAAAUCCACGACCCCGAGGCUAAGUGGAUAAGUGAUAAAGAAUUCAUCUACAGAGAGCAGAAAGGAAGUGUGAUACUGCGGAAUGUUGAAACAAAUACUUCUACGGUGUUAAUAGAAGGCAAAAAAAUUGAAUCAUUAAGAGCCAUCAGAUAUGAAAUAUCUCCAGAUAGAGAGUACGCUCUUUUUUCAUAUAACGUGGAACCAAUAUAUCAACACUCCUAUACUGGAUAUUAUGUCCUGAGCAAAAUCCCUCAUGGGGACCCUCAGAGCCUGGAUCCACCGGAAGUCAGCAACGCAAAACUUCAGUAUGCGGGAUGGGGCCCCAAGGGUCAGCAGCUGAUAUUUAUCUUUGAAAACAAUAUCUACUACUGUGCGCACGUCGGGAAGCAGGCCAUCCGCGUGGUCUCCACUGGGAAGGAAGGUGUGAUUUACAACGGCCUCAGCGACUGGCUGUACGAAGAGGAGAUCCUGAAAACCCACAUCGCCCACUGGUGGUCUCCGGACGGUACGCGGCUCGCCUACGCCACCAUCAACGACUCACGUGUGCCGGUCAUGGAGCUGCCCACCUACACCGGCUCCAUCUACCCCACCGCGAAGCCCUACCACUACCCCAAGGCCGGCUGUGAAAACCCCAGCAUCUCCCUGCACGUCAUUGGCCUGAACGGACCCACACACGACCUGGAGAUGACGCCGCCCGAUGACCCGAGGAUGAGGGAGUACUACAUCACCAUGGUCAAGUGGGCCACCAGCACCAAGGUCGCCGUGAACUGGCUGAGCCGGGCGCAGAACGUGUCCAUCCUCACCCUCUGCGACGCCACCACGGGGGUCUGCACCAAGAAACAUGAGGAUGAAAGUGAAGCCUGGCUGCACAGACAGAAUGAAGAGCCGGUGUUCUCCAAGGACGGCCGGAAGUUCUUCUUUGUCCGAGCGAUCCCGCAGGGUGGGCAGGGGAAGUUCUACCACAUCACCGUCUCUUCCUCGCAGCCCAACAGCAGCAACGACAACAUCCAGUCGAUCACCUCCGGGGACUGGGACGUGACCAAGAUCCUGUCCUACGAUGAGAAGCGGAGUCAGAUCUACUUCCUAAGCACGGAGGACCUGCCAAGGCGGCGCCAGCUCUACAGCGCCAGCACAGUGGGCAGCUUCAACCGGCAGUGUCUGUCCUGUGACCUGGUGGACAACUGCACCUACUUCAGCGCUUCCUUCAGCCCCGGCGCCGACUUCUUCCUGCUCAAGUGCGAAGGUCCUGGGGUCCCCACGGUGAGCGUACACAACACAACUGAUAAGAAAAAGAUGUUUGAUCUAGAGACCAACGAGCACGUACAGAAAGCCAUCAGCGACCGGCAGAUGCCGAGAGUGGAGUACAGGAAAAUCGAGACCGACGACUACAACCUGCCCGUUCAGAUCCUCAAGCCGGCGACCUUCACCGACACCGCCCACUACCCCCUGCUCCUGGUGGUGGACGGCACCCCAGGGAGCCAGAGUGUGGCCGAGAAGUUUGCAGUGACCUGGGAGACGGUAAUGGUGAGCAGCCACGGGGCCGUGGUGGUUAAGUGUGACGGCCGCGGCAGCGGCUUCCAGGGCACCAGGCUGCUGCACGAGGUGAGGCGGAGGCUGGGCUCCCUGGAGGAGAAGGACCAGAUGGAGGCCGUGCGGGUGAUGCUGAAGGAGUCGUACAUCGACAAGACGCGCGUGGCCGUGUUCGGGAAGGACUACGGCGGGUACCUGAGCACCUACCUCCUCCCGGCCAAGGGCGACGGCCAGGCUCCAGUCUUCAGCUGCGGCUCCGCGCUCUCCCCCAUCACGGAUUUCAAGCUCUACGCGUCCGCAUUUUCCGAGAGGUACCUGGGCCUCCACGGACUUGACAACCGAGCAUAUGAGAUGGCCAAGGUGGCACACCGGGUGUCCGCACUGGAAGGGCAGCAGUUCCUGGUCAUCCACGCAACCGCGGAUGAAAAAAUCCAUUUCCAGCACACGGCAGAGCUCAUCACACAGCUCAUUAAGGGAAAGGCUAAUUACAGCUUACAGAUCUACCCGGACGAGAGUCACUACUUCAGCAGCGCCGCCCUCCAGCAGCACCUGUACCGCUCCAUCCUGGGCUUCUUUGUGGAGUGCUUCAGGAUCCAGGACAAGCUCCCCGCAGUCACAGCGAGAGAGGAGGAGGAGGAGGACUGAGCCCCACGAAGCACCGCCUGGCCCCUCCUGGGACAGGGCACGCUGCCCCGGGCACCCCGCGGCCUGUCCCGCAGAGGUGGGGGCGUCUCCUUCAUCGCAUGUGUGUCUCGGGUCCGAAGGCAUUUCUGCUCCAGAAACAAGCUCCUUGCCGGGUGGAGGUGCGUCGCCGCUCAUGAGGGGCUUCCUCGGAGCCUGGAACCACCACCUCCUCCCCGCCACAGCGUGACCGGGGCCUCCCCAUGACCCUCCCCAAGGAACAAAGCGGAGCCUGGACGGCAGAGCAGAAGCUGGCCCUGGAACUGGAGCUGGCGAGCGGCAGCGUGGGACCCGGCCUCCCCCAGAGUCCCGUGCCCACCCGGGAGCAUCACCCCCUCGUGACGGUCACCGCGCCAUGGACCAACCAGAGCACAAUUACUUUCUCAGUACCUCUCCCUCGAUUGGCCGCUCCUUUCUGUAAUGAGGAGAUCCCGCGUUUUAAGGGGCUGUACAAAGUGACACUGUAGCUGAUGCUAAUGGUUAACCUUCUGGAAUUUGUUUGUAUUUUUCUAUGGUUUUUACCUGACACUGUCUCUGGUCACGGGGUUGUUUCGCUGUGCGCUUUUUUUUUUUUUUUUGCUUUGCUUUGUUUUGCUUGGUUUUGUUCAGUCAGUAUGUAGGCUUUGCACUUGUUUGGAUUAAAAAAAACCAGAUCAGAAGUAACGCUUUCUCCUCAAGGUCAUCUCUAGACUCUGUGGGGACAUUUCAAAAAUACUGCAAACGACAUCCAGCACUGUUCACUAAAGGGUCGUAAAUAAAAACCCACCUCCCACCAAGUGCGUUAGGGUCUGGCUCAGAUUCGUACCGUCCGUUUCCACGCGUCCUGAAGCCCAUCCUUUUCCUCCUGGGUAGGUCGUCUUUUCAGAUGACAUUUGGUUAAAGAACAUGAAAAGACCAAGCGUUGGCUCCACCUCCAGGCCCGUCACGUGUGCUCGGGUGAGGGAAGCGGGGGCCGCGCCAGCAUCGCCCCCGCCCCACCCCCUGCACGCAAGCAGCCUCGGCGACGUUCCAGCCUGGCCUCGUGAGGCGUCCUCUGCUCAGAGGCACAGCCAGCGUCCGCGUGUAUCUCACUCCGUUGUAUAUAGAGACAGGACUGCGGUCAGCCAUCGCCGCUGCCCCCACCCUCUGCCAAGCCCUCGUCAUGUUUCGCCUGCAUGCCCGCAGCCUGGCCAAGCUGCUGUCUCUACGAGUGCCAGUUCGAAAUGCACCGAAGAUCGUCAUCGCCUCUGGAGCCUGUUGACAGCCUGAACGUCAGUCCCGAUGUCUCCAGGUCCUGCUCCCGCUGGGGAGCGGGGGGUCCCUGACAUCCUUGUCUGCAGAGAAGACAGGUCCGUGUCGCUCUUUGGUGUUCGGGGGUUUGCGUUUCAUCUCCACGAGCUUUGAAUGUCAGUUGCAGUUGGUCCGGCUGGAAGAUCUCCGUCAUGGGAUUGUUUCAGGUGAUACAUCAGCGUUUGGGAAAAGGAUGAAGGUGCCGCCCGCAGGACCGUUCCGAGUGCCACCUGGCCGUGCUUUUUGUCUUGUCAGGGGGCCUGACCGACUGCACAGCCAACUCAGUCUGAAAGGGGAGGCCGGCUCUGGCCAUGAGGUCUGGCAGGAGGGAGUGAAGUGUGGCAUGGUAGUGUUUGUUCAUCCAUGGAAUAAAACAUUAUUUUACCACUCGA